AUGCACUCCAAGGUCGUCAUCAUCGGCUCAGGCCCCGCCGGCCAUACCGCUGCCAUCUACGCCGCUCGUGCAGACCUCCAGCCUGUCCUGUAUGAAGGUUUCCUCGCUCUCGGUAUCGCAGCUGGCGGCCAGUUGACCACCACUGAUGAGGUCGAGAACUUCCCUGGUUUCAUGAACAUCCAGGGUGCAACAUUGAUGGACAACAUGCGCGCACAAUCCGAGGCUUGCGGUACCCAGAUCGUUACUCAGACGGUCGGAAAGGUCGACCUCUCCCAGAGACCCUUCAAGUUUUGGCUCCACCCCUUGGGCGAUGAGGAGAACCUCGAGGAAGAGACACAUACAGCCGACAGCAUCAUUAUUGCAACUGGUGCCAAGGCAAGAAGACUGGACCUGGAGGGUGAGGAGCAAUACUGGGGCAACGGCGUCAGCGCAUGCGCCGUCUGCGACGGCUCGCUACCAAUUUUCAGACAAAAGCCUCUCGUCGUCAUUGGAGGUGGUGACUCGGCCGUCGAGGAGGCCAUCUACCUUACCAAGAAGGCCUCCAAGGUCACCGUCCUUGUUCGCAAGGACCAGCUCCGUGCUAGCAAGGCCAACGCCCGUAGGCUGAGCACCAACCCCAAGGUCGAGAUCAAGUACAACACUGUGGCUACCAAGAUCACUGGUGAAGACAAGCCUCGUGGUCUGAUGACUGGUCUCACCAUCAAGGACAUCAAGACCGGAAAGGAAGAGGACAUCGCUGCUAACGGUCUCUUCUACGCUGUCGGUCACGAACCGGCCACUACCCUGUUCAAGGACCAAUUGAAAAUGGACGAAGACGGUUAUUUGAUCACUGAGCCCGGAACUACUCACACCAACAUCGAGGGUGUCUUUGCUGCAGGAGAUGUUCAGGACAAGAAGUACCGCCAGGCUAUUACCAGUGCAGGUUCUGGUUGUAUCGCCGCUCUCGAGGCUGAGAAGUUCCUCACCGAGAACGACGCCAGCGUCGACAACAGUCUCGAGAAUCAGGAGGUCAAGAAGAGCAAGACCGAUGGUGAUGCUCCCGAGUACAGACAAAAUCCUCUGCUCUAG